UCGCAACUCAGGGUGUUUUUCCAGAGAUCCCAAAGAGCUGCCCUUGAAGCGCCUCAGGUUUUCUCCGUUGCUUUUCACAACCUGUUCUUCAUGAAUUCAAGAAGUGCCGUAGCUAUAACUGUUUCCUGUGAUUCGGGAAACAAGGACAACUUCUUUUUCUGGAUUUUGGUCUGCCUUCUUCCAAGAUUCCUUGGAGCUAAAGUUGUGGGCGUGAACUUCCUAUUGUUGAAGGCCAUUGUAUCAACUAUAACCCAUCAUCAUCAUUGCCUCUCAGUGAUGGUUUCUUCACACUUAUCGGGUGUUCAAAUGACCAAGGGGUGCAAACCUGCCUUCACAAACCGGCUCUUUCCUCAUGUGGAAAACCCAACUAGUGUUCCUUCAGAAUAUGUUGAGUUUGACUUUUCUGAUGUAUUUGGCCCUAUUGGGGUUCAAGUCUCAUCAGACGAAUGCUUGGAUAAUUCCGUGCCUGCAAUUGAAUCUCAAGAGAUGGUUUAUAAUGACCCGGUGGUCAUCUACCAUCGGUCCCAUUCACUAGUGGGUCCCUCUACUUGUGUUAGUCAAUCUGUUUCUCUUAGCAAGUUGACCUUGAAUGACAAAGAGGGCAUUAUUGAAAAUAAAAUGAUCGAAGUGCCACACGAAGUAUGUGAGGGUUUAUCUGAGGUGGAUUCAAUAGAGAAGCCUGUGGCUUUGGGUGAAUCCCAAGUUAUAAAGACUCAAGGCGUGGGGCUUGAGAACUUUGAAGUGAUGAAGAUGGUGGGGCAAGGGGCUUUCGGCAAGGUCUAUCAAGUGAGGAUGCGGGGUACUUCAGAAAUAUAUGCAAUGAAGGUUAUGAGGAAGGAUAAGAUUAUGGAGAAGAAUCAUGCUGAAUACAUGAAAUCGGAAAGGGAUAUUUUAACAAAAGUUGUUCACCCGUUUAUCGUGCAACUCAGAUACUCCUUCCAGACUAAGUACAGGUUGUAUCUUGUGCUGGAUUUUAUUAAUGGUGGUCACUUAUUUUUUCAGCUGUACCAGCAUGGCCUUUUCAGGGAGGACCUAGCACGUAUUUAUACAGCUGAGAUUGUCUCCGCGGUUGCCCACCUCCAUGCGAAUGGUAUCAUGCACAGGGAUCUCAAGCCGGAGAAUAUUCUUCUGGAUGAAGAUGGCCAUGUGAUGCUGACUGACUUUGGACUGGCAAAGCAAUUUGAGGAGAAUACGAGAUCCAACUCCUUGUGUGGCACUGUGGAGUACAUGUCUCCUGAAAUUAUUUUUGGGAAAGGACACGAUAAAGCAGCAGAUUGGUGGAGUGUCGGUAUUCUAUUGUAUGAAAUGCUUACUGGGAAGCCUCCAUUUAUGAGUGGUAAUCGCGAGAAGAUCCAACAGAAAAUAAUCAAGGAUAAGAUCAAGCUGCCCAGAUUUCUCACCAGCGAGGCACAUUCCCUUUUGAAAGGGCUGCUGCAAAAGGAUGUAAGCAAGAGGCUAGGGAGCGGGCCUGGGGGUAGCAAUAAAAUAAAGGGCCACAAAUGGUUCAGAACUAUCAACUGGAAGAAGCUCGAGGCAAGGGAGAUCCCGCCUCCUUCCAGGCCCAAGGUCGAGGGUAAGCUCUGUGUUGCGAAUUUCGAUGAGAAAUGGACAAAAAUGUCCCUCCUCGACUCGCCAGUUGCGAGCCCGAAGGCUGGAGAGAAUAUUUUCGUAGGGUUUACUUACGAGAGGCCAAGUCCCUAUCUCCAAAGGGGUGGAUCCUUGUUGGUUGAAAAUUAGUCGACUUCUAUUCUGUUAUAUUUUUAUUUUUACUUUUAAAUUUGUGGAUGGUUAACCUGGGUUGAGGACUCUGGAUUCUUAUAUGUAUUGAAAGAUUAUUGGAACCUGGGAUUUGGCAAAAGGAUGUUUGCUUGCAUGGACAAGCCUGCUAUGUGUUAGUAGUUUAAUUUCUUUUCUUAUUAAGGUAAUUUUUGUGAUA